CCCCACCCCACCCUUUCCACUUUUUCCCCGGCCGACAAAGUUGCCAAAGCCCGGAAGCGGCCGAAGGAAACAAACUUUCCGAACAUCGCGGCAGGGAGGAGGGGGGCUCCCGCAGGAUAAAAGGAAACCCCUCCCCUCCAGGUGGAACUUCCAGCGCCCAGGGCAGCCGGCGGACUCCGGGAAGAGGCGAUCGCAAGCCGGGGAUGGGCCGUUGAAAGGGAGAAGCGCCGAGGAGGAGAAGGAGGAGGGAGAGGAGGUGGCAAUCAACCAGGCCACCCGGCCGGGAGAAAAAUCCCACGGAGACCCCUCGAAGAGAGAGACGAGCCUGCCUUCCUUCCUUCCAAUCCGGAGGGCCAUGGGGACCCGACAGCCCCUCCGGGCCAAAACGAGGGGUCUCCCCUACGUCGUUCUGUUGGGGGUCCUGCUGGGUAUCAUUCAGGCUGUGGAAAGUAACUCCUCACGUACAGCUGUUUGUCCAGGUUAUCCCGAUGUCCGGAGAGAACCGCAAGGCCAAAUCCAUAGCCCUUCGGCCCGUGUGACGACUUCCAGCAGCUGUUCCUGGGUGAUUGUGGGUGGCCCAGACGAUAUCAUCUACAUUGGGUUCCAGCACUUCAUCCUUUCCUGCGGGUCAGAAAUGCUGAUAAUCCGUGCGCCCAAUCAGCUGUCCAGGAAAUUGUGCGGUUACACAGUGCCGGAAUCGAUUCGCAUAAAGGGUGGCAACGUGACGCUGACUUACAGUUGGAAAUUUUGGGCAAGGAACAGAUUUCUGCUGAAAUACGAAAGAGAACCUAAAACACACCCUAUUGUGUCAUGCAACCGCACCUUGGACGACUUCUAUGGGGUGAUUUAUUCCCCCGCUUUCAGCUCAGAUUCACAUCUAGGCGCUGCACAUUGCCAGUGGGUUUUGGAUGCCCAUGAUAGCCGCCCCCUCAUCCUUCGCUUCACGGUCCUUAACUUAGAUAUUGGAGACUCCAUCCGGGUGUAUGAUGGGGUACCCGGCACCCCGCUCCACCCUCACUUGCUGCGUAACUUGGAUUACACCAGCAACAACAAGAUUGUGUUGGUUGACUCCCCAUCAAGCCGGGCAUGGGUAGUGUACCAAGCAGUACCAGGAACAGAAGGACGGGGUUUCAACGCUACAUAUCACGUGCAGGGAUUUUGUGUGCCAUGGGACUUCCCCUGUGGAGGAGACAGCGGCAAGGGCGCUACAUGUUACAGCACUGCCGAGCGCUGUGAUGGGAACUGGGAUUGUGCCAAUGGCGCUGAUGAGGACGGUUGCCACGGCUGCCCACCGGGGCAAUAUCCCUGUGGAGGACGAGGCAUUGGAGGUGCUGUCUGCUACAGUCCCGCCGAUCGUUGCAACUACCAAACAUUUUGUGCGGAUGCUGCUGAUGAACGCCACUGUUACACCUGCCAGCCUGGGAACUUCCGGUGCAGAGACGGCCGCUGUAUCUAUGAGAGUUGGGUGUGUGACGGGCAGGCAGACUGUGUCGAUACUUCGGAUGAGGCGGAUUGCUCCUACAUCCUGCCCCGAAAGGUGGUGACAGCGGCCGUCAUCGGCAGCCUGGUGUGUGGUCUCCUUCUGGUCAUCGCACUGGGCUGCACAUGCCGUCUGUAUGCGCUCCGGAGCCAUGAAUUUGGAGUCUUAGCACCUAUGUCGCGAAUGGAGGCCCAGCUGCUUCAGCGCCAGGCUCCGCCAUCUUAUGGGCAGCUCAUCGCUCGCGGGGUUAUUCCUCCAGUAGAAGGAUUCCCAGUUGAGCAUCCAAAUCAGAAUUCGGUCCUGGGGAAUUUGCGGUCCCUCCUGCAUCUCUUGCGACGGGACCCAGCCAGCCCUGCAGGAACCAAUGGGGCGUGUCGUCCCCAUCAAAGCCGCUUCAUGCGACGUCUGACGAGGCGUAUGCGCCGAUUGGGGCUACUCCCUGCCCUGGCUUCCCCCGCCUCAUCUUCAACUACGGCUUCCACCGUCGCCCCUAACUCAUCUCCUGCGCCUGAUGACCUGGCCGAACCAUCCCGUUGGGACGGAGAUGUUUCUUCCCAGCUUCCAGAAGACCAAGCGCCGCUUCUUGCUGCCAAGGUCCCACCAGUUCCUGUGGAACCCACGCCAGCUCCUCACAUCCCGCGGCCUCCUCCACGGUUUACGGGGGUCAUGCGCAGCCUCCGUGUCCGGCUUUUCUCCCCCACGCUCACCUGCUCCGGAGAGGCUGGAGAGGAACGGAGCAUGUUUCCAUCUCCCGAUGAUGAAGACGAAGUGCUUCUCGUCCCUCUCACUGACCCGCAACUUGAGAACUUCGAGAGCUGGGAUGGCGACGAUGAACCUCUUCUGACUUGAGAAAUUUGGCUGGACGUGGCCUUGAGAAAAUCUGUCACCAGCGACCAGAUAGUCAAGUCUAUUUUUCUUUCCUGCAGAUCUUUCCAUGUUUCCCCACCCCCACCCC